AUGGUCAACUACCCGAGAACUCCUCCACCGCCACAGGUACGCUGGGCACCAAUGGUUCAAAUAGCGGCCACCGUCAGCCUGUGUCCUGGCGAUCCACGCGUGCGUGUGGUGUUGGACCACACGCUUUUCGAGAGGGAGUCGUACGGUAUCGCCCCUCUACAGACGUUCGAGAUGAUUGAUUAUCGUCUCGUUCCCUGCCGAUCCCGCGCGCCCACCUUCGCACGCCCAAGCAACACCAGAGUGCAACCCGAGACCUUCACAGGCACCACGCAAACAUGGGUCCGAAGACGCUCCACCGAGCAUCACGGUCUGAGAUGCUGCUGCGAUGCAAUGUACACCCACGCCGAUCGCCGCCACGACUACAAAGGGAUGUGCACCGCCUGGGCGGUCGGUCAAAUGAUCGCAGAGAAGAUUUGGGCUGGAGACGAUAUCGAGGGAAUGAAGUUCCCCAAAGCUUUGUUCAAUUAA